AAAUGUUAUGAACAAAAACAGUACAAAAAUGGACUCAAAUUCUGUAAGAUGAUCCUCUCCAAUCCAAAGUUUGCUGAACAUGGAGAGACAUUAGCUAUGAAAGGCCUGACACUGAACUGUUUAGGAAAAAAAGAAGAAGCGUAUGAAUUUGUUCGUAAAGGGCUUCGUAAUGAUGUCAAAAGUCACGUGUGUUGGCAUGUUUAUGGACUCUUACAGCGCUCCGAUAAAAAAUACGAUGAAGCGAUUAAGUGCUAUCGAAAUGCUCUUAAGUUAGAUAAAGACAAUCUACAAAUCCUAAGAGAUCUUUCACUGUUGCAGAUCCAAAUGAGAGAUCUUGAAGGAUAUAGAGAGACCAGAUAUCAGUUACUGCAGCUGCGGCCCACUCAGAGGGCAUCGUGGAUUGGCUAUGCAAUUGCAUAUCAUUUGUUAAAAGAUUAUGACAUGGCCUUAAAACUAUUAGAAGAAUUUAGGAAAACACAGCAGGUUCCCCCUAACAAAAUAGACUACGAAUAUAGUGAAUUAAUAUUGUACCAGAACCAAGUGAUGAGAGAAGCAGAUCUGUUUCAAGAAUCUUUGGAACAUAUAGAAACUUAUGAGAGGCAAAUCUGUGAUAAACUCAUGAUAGACGAAAUUAAAGGGGAAAUGUUGCUGAAUUUGGGUCGCCUCGAAGAAGCUGCUGAAAUAUACAAAGAACUUCUUGACCGGAAUGCAGAAAAUUGGAGUUACUACGAAGGCCUGGAAAAAGCUUUACAGCCACACUCUUUAGAAGAGAGGCUAGAAUUGUAUGAAGAAAUAAGCAAGCGACAUCCACGAGCUGUUUCACCUAGAAGGUUACCUUUAAACUUUGUCACAGGUGAAAAAUUUAGAGAGCUAAUGGAUACAUUCCUGAGGGUUAACUUCAGUAAAGGUUGCCCUCCUCUGUUUACCACUUUGAAAUCUUUAUACUACAGUACAGAAAAGAUUUCAACAAUCCAAGAGCUUGUUACCGGUUACGAAACUUCUUUGAAAACCUGUCACUUGUUUAGUCCACAUGAAAAUGGGGAGCGAGAACCUCCAACAACGCUGCUUUGGGUUCGUUACUUCCUUGCACAGCAUUUUGACAAGCUUGGCCAGUUUUCCUUGGCAUUGGAUUACAUUAAUUCUGCUGUUACUAGUACUCCAACACUAAUAGAGUUAUUCUAUUUGAAAGCCAAAAUUUAUAAGCAUGUAGGCAAUCUCAAAGAAGCUGCGAAAUGGAUGGAUGAGGCACAAUCCUUAGAUACAGCAGACAGAUUCAUCAAUUCCAAGUGUGCAAAGUACAUGCUACGGGCAAACAUGGUCAAGGAUGCUGAGGAAAUGUGUUCCAAGUUCACAAGGGAGGGGACUUCUGCAACAGAGAAUCUCAAUGAAAUGCAAUGUAUGUGGUUUCAGACAGAGUGUGCGUUAGCUUUUCAAAGAUUAGGAAAAUACGGGGAUGCUCUGAAACAGUGCCACGAAGUGGAGAGGCACUUUUUCGAGAUCACAGAUGAUCAGUUUGACUUCCAUACGUACUGCAUGAGAAAGAUGACCCUGCGUGCCUAUGUUGAUCUCUUGAGGUUGGAAGAUGUUCUGAGAAAACACACUUUUUAUUUCAAGGCUGCUCGAUCAGCAAUUGAAAUUUACUUGAAGCUUCAUGACAACCCCCUAGCCAGUGAGAGCAAAGAGCAAGAAGUAAAUUCAGAAAACCUUUCUGCCAAAGAACUUAAGAAGAUGCUCAGUAAGCAAAGGCGAGCACAGAAAAAGGCUAAACUUGAAGAGGAGAGAAAGCAUGCAGAAAGAGAGAGGCAGCAGAAGAAUCAGAAGAAGAAACGAGAUGAAGAAGAAGAAGAAACUAGUGGCCCCAAGGAAGAAUUAGUUCCUGAAAAACUGGAAAGGGUUGAGAAUCCAUUGGAGGAAGCUAUUAAGUUUCUUAUACCUCUGAAGAAUCUUGUGGCAGAUAACAUAGACACCCAUCUAUUAGCCUUUGAAAUAUAUUUUAGGAAAGGAAAGUUUCUGCUAAUGUUGCAGUCAGUGAAAAGAGCUUUUGCUAUCGAUGACAAUAACCCUUGGCUACAUGAAUGUUUGAUUAAAUUUUCUAAGUGUGUGUCAAAUCAUAGUAAUUUGCCAGAAAUUGUGAACAAAGUCCUUACCCAAGAAAUGCAGAAGAUUUUUAUUAGCAAAGAUUUGGAAAGUUUUAAUGAAGAAUUUCUCAAGCGCAAUUCUACCUCUAUACGGCAUCUGCUUUCAGGUGCCAAAAUGAUGUAUUUCCUGGAUAAUUCAAGGCAAGAGAAAGCGAUUGCUAUUGCUACUAGACUAGAUGAAGCCAUGAGAGACAGAAAUGUGAAGACUUUAACAACGGUUUUGGAUUUCUUACUUGAUGGCACCUUUGGAGAAUGCCACAGCCAGAGCGAGGGGUAUCGGACAGCGUGCCACAAACUGUUUCCUUUAGCGUCUGCCUUUAUGCCUCCCGCCAAUGAAGAUGACAGUUGCUUUGCACCAAUGAAUCAUACAGCCAUUAAUCAUGAUGUGCUGUCCAAUGAAAUGUAAAACAGAAGACAGACUGGCUGCUGACAGGUCAGGUUUCUGCAGGAUCUAAUCGGAACGAUUCAGGCGUCAAGCCCAGGCAACUGGAUGCAAAUCUACUGUGCUGUAUCUCCUUUGCCCUCAACAAGAGCUGCCAAUGUUAUUGUUACUCUCUCUGCAUAAUACUGGUCAUGUUUAUACUUGUACAGCUAUGAAUCUUUCUAUUUUAAAUCAUGGACCCAUAAAUUUUAUUGCAUAGCCCAAUAAAUACAGUCACCUCUUUCAAAACAUGUUGGGUGGAAGACAGGGAUGUCCAUGGGGCGAUCAAAGAAGAUGCCGUCAUCUUGACUUUGUUCCCCCACCCCGGCCCCGGACAGCCCUGGAUGGGAAAGUUGGCAAACCAGAAUAGAUAUAACAUCACAUGUGUUCCUCAUUGUUUUCAUCUUCUCUGUUUCUUUCAAAGCACGAAUCCUCAUGAUAGGUCCUGGCAUACAGUAGUGUGUCAGUCUCAUAGUGUUGUAUGGAAAUGCUGCUGAUUAAUUGGAAAGGCUCAUUUGGGUUUUUAAAUUGGAAUAUGUAUUUUUUUAAAACUGCAGAUUACCUUGGUCCAAAAUUAUUCAUUUCAACAAUUCAUUAAACGCUUAGUACCAUUCAGUUGCCAUUAGACUGUUAAGAUACCUUUUUGUUACUUAGGAAUUUUAAAACAUUUCCCUUCAAAAACAGAGAAAAAAACAGUUAAUGGAGAAUAUGGUCUUGUCUUAAUAAUAAUGGUGAGCUACAUUAAAAUUCUCAAGAAAUGAACCUGAAAUCAAUAUUUCCAAAAAUAUUAUUGUUUUACAUGCUGUAAAGCUAUUAACGUUAAGAUGUUAUUUUUAAAAAAGCACAAUUAAGUCUAAUUAUAAAGUGCAUUUCAUCUUUUUUUCCCCGUUUAUUUUUUAUGAGUUAAUCUAAAUGCAUUUCACCUACAACAUAUCGAAGUUUUGAUUCAGUUGUUUUAAGGGAUUUUCUUCAGGAGUUAAAUGACAUGAAAAUGUAAAAAAGUAAAAAUACACUGUGGCUUGUAUAAAAAAAUUCAUUUUGGGGGGAAAACAAUGGAACCAGUUUGUUUUCAUUUUUUUGAGUAAUGUAAAUAUUUAAGAUUACUUAGGUCCUAUGCAAAAUUCAAAAAGGGAAGUUUUACCGAGGUAAAUGUCAUUAAGACAAUCUCCUUUGUCAUCUACUUAGGAUCAAUAGUUGAAUGAAAACUUACUGUAAAAAGUCAACAAUGUAAUGCUGUAAUAAAUUAUUUUGUACACUU